CAGUUAUCUACAAUAUAUAAAUACGAUUAAUGUUACAUACAAUUCAUUUAAUUCUUUGAAAAGUUUUACUCAUUUAUCGAAUUUUAAUUUCAUUUUAUUAAGAAUAAUGAAUUUAUUUGUAAUUUUCUCAAUUUUUAUUAUACUACAUCUUAUAUCUGAUUCAAGUUGUAACGAUCAGCCAUCUGAAGACGAGUUAAAGAUUGUUAUAGGUACUGGAGGAUGGAGAUCAAUGAAGGGCACAAAUUUCUAUGAGAAUAAUGAAGAAAAGUUGAAAAAAAUUGUUAUAAUUCCAGCAUUUCUAGAAUGGCAAAGUUAUGAUUGGAUGUGCCUAUAUAGUGGUAUAAUUUUAAAUUCAAUUUAUGUCUGUCUUAUCGAACAACUCUAUAAAAAGUAUUCAAAUGCAGCAAAACGCUAUAUGAAAUUGCAUAAUUAUACUGAUAAAAACAAAUCCUUACAAAAAUUAUGGAGAAGUAUAACUAUGAUGGAUUGUUUUGUUACCCAUUUGAUAAAUGGCCUUAAAUUUUUUGAUAUUGAGGAUAAAGUUGUGCUUGAAAAUCUUAUACAAUUCAAAACAUUUAUUAAAAAAAACAUUAAACAAGGGUCGUAUAGUAAAGAUUCGAUUGAUGUUAAGUUUAUCGAAAUAAUCAAUGUCGUAAAAUUUGAUAAUAAUCUUCAGAUUUUUAAAAACAAACACGUUAGUCAUAGACAUGAAGAAUAUAUUAUCAUAUAUUUUAUUAAUUCCUUAUGUGGAUCUGUGAACGAAGUAAUAGAUGAUCAUGAAUUGAUUAAUCCCUAUCAGGAAAGUAUAAAUAACAUAAUUGAGGAUAGUAUCCAGGUUUUUUAUUUCUUUUUUGGAUUUCGUUAUGAUUGUUUUAAUCAGCACUUUGAAGCUGAAGAUAUUAUUGACAUGACAACUAGGAAGAAACGUAUUUGGGAUUCGAAUCGUCUUUACCCAAAUUUACGGUAUUCAUAAUUUGUGUAAAAUUUAUUAGAUUAAUUAUUCAAAUUUAAGAAAAUAAUGUUUAAACCUCAUUUAUUUCAAUUUAAGUAUAAAAUGUAUUCUUUAAAAGCUAUGUUAGAAUUUACCCAAAAUUUUUUUCUUUAAACUCUAUGCUAAGAAUUGUGUGCUAAAAUAAAAUAAUAUCAUUAAAUAAUAA